GACGCAGCAGCGCAUCCGCGGUCUCAUCGACAUCCUCCUGAACGCCAUCCUGGUGAGCGGGGCGCACGGCGUGCCGGGAUCGAGCAACGUCUGCUCUGAAGACCUCGAGGAUAUCGUGGCCAUGCUCGAGGGCUCCGACUCCGCCAGUGGCCAGGACCUCGCGCACUCCUUGAACGGCUUACGCGAUCGUGCGGGCGCGGAGAGGAGCACCGGCCAGCUGACGCGGAGCAUCGUCGCGAGGCUCGUGCAGCUCGACAAGGACGAGGACGCCGACCCUGUCGCGCGGGGGCCCAGGCACACGGAAGCCUCGCCGAAAGAGCCCGAGAAGGCGGGCGCGGGCGCCGCGUCGCUGUGGCCGUGGCCGCGGGAGGCGGGCGCCCCCUCGCCGGGGGCCCCGCCGCCGGGCUCCCCGCCGCCGGGGCAGCGGCCGGGCACGCCGGGCAGCGCCAAGGCCCUCGCGCCGCCGUCGUGUGGACAGCGCGC